CCAUCAUAGGCACCGUUUGAUCCUCUUUUUAGAAUCACACGUGCCAUCUUUUGUUUUUCUGCAACGUUUGUUAUUCCUUGUACACUAUUCGUCGAGCUAUCUAUUGAUCCUGCGUGAAAAGCCUCUAGUACUAACAUUACUCUCCCUGCUUGUAAAGACACCCUUAGCUUCGCUUCUAUGACCUGUAAAACACAAGAUAUUUCUGUACAGGUUACCUUGAGAACAGCCAGUCCUCGCAUUCCAAUAAUCUCUUGAUCAGCUCGAAUUGGGUGUAUUCAGCCGCCUUCUACCCUUCAAAGAUAAAUCCAGUUUCAUUGAAGUUAUGGACAGGAGAAAUCAAGGUGAUCCUGAAGCCAUCGUACCCGUCAUAGAAGAUCCACCAAGUUCUUCUAUAUCUUCAUAUCACACCGCUGUACCUCCAGAACCAUCCUGUUGUGAAAGCUGCAAGGCAUUUUUUUGGAGUCUGCUGUCUUCUCCUUUUUACAAAACCGAAAUAUCCACUCUGAGUCUCGUCCAUUUUAUUUCUACCCUUGCAAUUGGAAUUUCGCUCUCAAUCGGAGCCGAAAUAGAUGAGGUAAAGCACAUCACCAAAACAAGUCUGUAUGUCUUUCUCAUCAUCUACAUGGGGAUCUCCAUUGUUUGGAUAAUUGGAGCAUUUUGUUGUGGAAACAAGUCUGGCUGUUGCUUAGCUGAGAGGCAACAUGACGGCCACAUUCCUGGAUAUCUGAUCAUUGGGGUAACAUUUCUCUGCAUUGGAAGUUCCUUCAUUACUGCUGUGGAAUUCCUGCCGUUUGUAUUCAGCAAGACUUGUAACUUCACCAACAUCACGAGUAAAGGAGAUGUGGAAAGCGAGCUAAAGAGUGAAGCCAUCUUUUCUUUUACGAAAUUCAUAUUCUUGAUCCUUCAACUUUACUUCUUUUGUCGUUUCUCCAGCAAGACCUUCUUUGAUUCCUGCAGCAUGAAGAUAUUCCUAAUGCACAUCAUUGCUGUCAACCUAUGCACUUGGUUUUAUAUAAUAGUUGACGAGUCUGUAGACCACACAUCGAAGCCACCAAAGUACCCAACUGACAGAUGUCCUCCAUUCAAGGCCAUUGAGGGCAUUAGAAAAGCAAUAGAUGGCUAUUUGUAUCCUUUUAGCAUUGAAUAUUCGGUGAUGUCAUCGGUUCUUCUUUUUCUCCUGUGGUUUCGCCUCAAGCCUCGUGAACAUCAGCAGAGCGUCCACCCAUCAGCAGAAACCACACAAAGCACAAACGAGUCUCAUCUGCAAAACACACGAUGGCAGCAAAUCAAAAUUUUCUUAUUCGACAAAUGCUGCAAGGAAGGCAUACCGCAAGGGGAAGAAAAACCUGUUUCAUUUUGGCGAUCUGCAAUCUGUGGUUAUAUAUUCGGAGUCGUCGUGCUGAUUUUCAUCUUGGUAAUCGUGACAGUGUUGGCAGUUGUAUUCAAAGUCGACCAAAAAGACGCAGUCUAUGUUUUUCAAGGCUCAAAAAUCGCAAUUCAUUCACUGAUGUCAUUUAUCUGCCUGUUUGGAUUGAAAUACCUCAGGGAGCACGAACCAGGAGCCCAGACCUCUCACACCAUCGUCGACACUGCGCUGAUUAUGAUUGGGGUCAGCGGCUGUUACUUAAUGGUAGGUUUCCAUAUCACUGCAACCGGCAGUGUCUAUCCAUCGCCGUGUACCGACAAUGAAACUUAUCCUGCCACUCAACUGAGCUGUAAGUUCCUCCGGGUAUCCCUCGCAGAUUAUGUUUGCGCACUUAUCCAGUUCACCCUACAGGCAUUUUUCAUUGUCAGAGCUUUGAGAAGGUGUUCCCUAGUCUGGCCUUCAAAAGGUAAAAUCUCCUCGGCACUGGUUGUGCGUAGGUGUUCGGCUUUUUUAAGUAUCGCUAAUAUUGGUAUGUGGGUMAUGGAUACGUUCCAGUUAAAAAAUAUUAGUAUAGCUGAGGUCCCAGAAAUACUUGCCUACACCAAAAAAACAUGGUUGAUUCUGUCGCAUGUUGCAUUCCCCCUGUGCAUAUUUUUUCGGCUCCAUUCUGUUUUUUGCUGCUUUGAGAUAGUCAUCAAUCGAUUUGUCGUCGUUUUGUCGGAAGAUAAAACAACUACUGUCGAAAGUGUGUCCAGUGAAGACGGCGAAGUUUAUGAAGAUGCAUUGGGUAUUAAUUCCUAAAGAUAUUUGUCCAGAUAUACUGCGUAAUACUGAGUUAGGUACUACGCGACCACUAACACGUAAGCUACUAAUCUUUUUGUAUAGGAAUAAUUGUAUAAACUGAUGAUGUUAGUAAUGGUUAUUUUUUAGUAUUUAAUUGUGUCUGUUUUUGUCUUGUGUUUACAGUAUUUGACUUAAUAAAGGGUUUUGGUAAGGUUAAAUUAGGUUGAUUCUUUUUCUGUUCUAUGCACGCAAGUUCAUUGGAAGUGAAAAG